UUGAGAGACUUGAUCUCGCGGUUGUCAAGUUCUUUUCAACGAUAUUUGUUAAUAUAAUUGCUAAUAUAACGAUGAAAACGUUUGUCGCGACACUCGUAGUUCUCCUUAUACAAUGCACGCAUUUAAUUGCCUCAAAGUCCUGUGAAGACCCCGAGUCUAUUGUCAUAAACGUAUAUCUGUACAACAAUAAAUUUCCCGAUGGCAAAAAUCUCGGGAACCAACAAAGCUGCCAGGAUAUUGAUGCGUCACUACCGGUCGUCAUCAUAACCCAUGGCUUCACCAGUUCUGCAAACGACGAUUUAUUUCGAAAUCUGGCUAAGGCAUUUGUGCAGAAAGGUCAUACGGCAUUGAUAGUGGAUUGGUCUCAGGCAGCCUGCAGUUUGUUAAUACAGUAUCCUACAGCGGUAGAAAACACUCGCAAGAUAGGUCCACUUAUAGCAAACUAUACCAUUGACAUGAUCAACACCUGUAAAACUCCACUGGAAAACAUGAAGUUUGUCGGUCACAGUCUUGGCUCACACGUAUGUGGCUUCGCCGCAAAACAAAUCAAGAGAUUGACAAAUGAAACUGUGCCGACAAUUUUGUGCCUCGAUCCUGCUAAACCUGAGUUCGGUGGCAAUCCGUGUGAGGAGAGAGUCUGCAAAGAGGACACCAAACGUAUGGUAGUUUUUAAAACGUCGAUACUCGGGAUAUCGGAUCCUAUAGGUCACCUCAAUCUACAGUUCGGUAAUGGACUGACGCAACCGGCAUGCUGGUUUAUAGACAUAAAUUGCCAUCACACCGAAUCAAUCACAUAUGCAACCGAUAUGGUGGAUGAAAAGUGUUUACGCCUUGCUGUUCCUUUCGAUGCGUUCAGCUAUCCUACGGCUGACACACAAGAUUGUCUUGUCGUGAACAGCAAUAUACUAAAGCCGGACAAUACCGCCGUGGGACAAAAGUACGUAUAUACUGACUGUGCAGAGAAUACGUUUAAAUGUAAGAAAGAAUAGCAGCAAGCCGUGAAUUAUAAACGUCUCAUUAUAAUAGAAAUAAAGCUUUAUAAUGUACAACUGUAAUUAAUUAAAUUGUUUGACUAGCAUA